GACGUGAAUGUGUGAGAGGGAAAAAGUGAGCGAGAGAGUCGGUGAGUGUGCAGUGGUACCCUGCGCUCCAGGACUCAGCCUCAGUGCUCAGCCUGCAGCUGAGCCUCUACAUUUCUCCUCUCUUCGCUCGUAUUCCCCCUCGCUGCUCUGAUCCAUCCACUCUCCUCUUCUCUCCUCUCUUCUGUUAUAAUCACUGCUUUUCAGUUGUCAGCACUGAUCGCUUUCUCCUCGUUCUCCUCCACUUGUACUUUUUUUUUUAACUCUCUCCAUCCCUUUCCCUUUUCUGAACCUCUAAUCCCUCUUUCUUUUCCUCCUGUUGGAUGGAGUGAAAGGCUUUUUCAACACCUACACCCUCUCUUCUCUGGGCCUCCUCCCUGCAUCAUCCCAUGGGUAUCCGUGCAUCUUGCAGACCAGAGCCUCAUGGCCGUGGAGGCGGCUCUCAGCCAGGUCAGGCAGAGUCUCCGUUACCAGAGCAGGAUGAAGAGAUCUUGGGCUCUGAUGACGAUGAACAGGAGGACCCCAAUGACUACUGCAGGGGUGGAUAUCACCAUGUGAGGAUUGGAGAUCUGUUCAAUGGGAGAUACCAUGUGAUCCGUAAGCUUGGCUGGGGUCACUUCUCCACUGUGUGGCUGGCCUGGGAUAUCCAGGAAAAGUGCUUCGUGGCCAUGAAGGUUGUAAAAAGUGCUGAACAUUACACUGAGACUGCUCUGGAUGAAAUCAAGCUGCUGAAAUCAGUGAGAAACACAGAUCCCAGUGACCCCUACAGAGAGAAAGUAGUGCAGCUGCUAGAUGACUUCAAAAUUUCUGGCAUGAAUGGAACUCAUGUGUGUAUGGUCUUUGAAGUACUCGGGUACCACCUGCUGAAGUGGAUUAUUAAGUCGAAUUAUCAAGGGCUGCCUUCGCCCUGUGUUAAAAGCAUCAUACGACAGGUUCUGCAGGGUUUAGACUAUCUCCACACCAAGUGUAAGAUCAUACACACAGACAUCAAACCGGAGAACAUUCUGCUCACUGUGAAUGAGCCCUACAUCAAGAAGAUGGCUGCUGAAGCUACUCAGUGGCAGAAGACUGGCACCGCACCUCCCUCGGGUUCUGCAGUGAGUACAGCCCCAGCUUCCAAACCAACGGCCAAAAUGUCAAAGAACAAAAAGAAGAAGAUGAAGAAGAAGCAAAAAAAGCAGGCUGAGAUGCAGGAAAAGAGGAUACACGAGAUGGAGGGAGGAGCAUUACCCGACACCCGAGAAGAGGAGGAUGACGAGGAGACUACGGAGAACACUGAAGAUACGUCCUCAGCCACUCUUUCUACGUCUGCCACGCUGCAAGACAUCACUAACCAUACUAACGCAGACUUGACUCCCGAAGAGCAGUCUGCUCAUAUGUCAGGGCUAAAUGAACAGAGGGAGGUUACGGCUGAUGAGGAGAACAGAAUGGAGUUCAACUGCAACGGCCACGCCGCCACACCGGAGAAUGAGACCAGUCUAGAGGUUCAAGGGACCGAGCAAUGUACAGAGGAACAGGAGGAUCAACAGGAUGCAAAGCAACCAGAAAGCAAUAAAGAGACCGACAAUGCAUGUUGUAACAAAGAAGAGCGGCCAUCCUGUAACGGAAACUCUGAUACCGAACAGCAACGUCCCCCUGCUUCACUCAGUCCAGACUCUGUCACUGUAGAGCUAAAAGAGGGAGACAAGAUAGAGGAGGAGAUGGACACUCUAAAGGAGACCAAAAGAGAAAAUGAAGACGAGAACAGCCAGGAUGGAGCAUCAGGCAGCAUGUUAGUAAACCCCCUGGACCCUCUCAAUGCUGACAAAUUGCAGGUUAAGAUUGCUGACCUCGGCAAUGCCUGCUGGGUGCACAAACAUUUCACAGAUGACAUCCAGACACGGCAGUACCGCUCUCUUGAGGUGUUGAUAGGAGCCGGCUAUAGCACACCAGCAGACAUCUGGAGCACAGCCUGCAUGGCCUUUGAGCUGGCUACUGGAGAUUACCUGUUUGAACCCCACUCUGGAGAAGACUACUCCAGAGAUGAAGAUCACAUAGCGCUGAUCAUCGAGCUGCUAGGCAAAGUCCCUCGGAAGCUGAUCUUGGCAGGCAAAUACUCCAAGGAGUUUUUCACCAAGAAAGGCGAUCUCCGGCACAUCACCAAGUUGAAGCCUUGGGGUCUGUUUGAUGUUCUGGUAGAAAAGUAUGAGUGGUCCAAAGAGGAGGCCCACUCUUUCAGCAGCUUCCUGCUUCCCAUGCUGGACUUGGUGCCUGAAAGAAGAGCCACCGCAGCCCAGUGCCUCUCCCACCCAUGGCUCUCAUCCUAGAGGACGCCUGUACACACAGCUGCAUAUUGUGAAAAGGAUAAGUUAGGUUUGAGGGGGUCUAAGCUUGAAAACGUACAGUAAGCAAAUACUUCCAUUUCUGUGAGAGCCUGUGAUUCCAUCGUGCCUGUAGCCUGUUGUCACGGCUCUCACGGGUCUACUUACAUUCAUCGGGAAGCAUUGAGACAAUAGACAGACUGCUGCUGAAUCUCUGUUCUGUUAGGGAAGGAGAAUAAAACAGGCUUAAAGUACUCUGUCAGUAUUUAUGACUUUUUGUUACUGGCUGAAUAGAACUUAUUGAUCUUAUUUUUCCCUUUUUUGCCAGCUCCAGCUUUUUCUCUUCUGCUCAUUAUUCUUUGUAUUUUAGACACAAGAGAUCAUCAGGUUUAAAAGGACAUAUCUGCAUUUGUAGAAAAAUGUAAGGUACAGGAUGCUAACAGAGUCGUAACAGUCACCAUCAGAGCCACAUUCGAUUAUCAUAUAGAUCACUUAUAAGUCAAAUUUCUCUGUUUGCUCGUCAUCAUGUUAGGUGUACCAGCUCCUAAGCCUUUAAACAGAGUGCAGAGAGCUCAGAAUUGAUAACUACAUAUUGCUUACUGGAAUGAAGAGCAGCUAGUAGCUUUCAAAGCACCGUUAUCAAAGAACGUUUUACAUUUGUAUACAGGUGCAGGUCAUACAUCAUGAGUUCAGAAUCACACUGAUAGCCAAACUGUUGUGUCAGUUUCUUGUGAGAGUACAGAUUUUUAGCUUCAGCAUUAGUUUAUGUUGACUUAAGAGAAGUACUUGACACAUUAUAAUGUGAAGAGAAAAAAAAACAGAGCCCUUCUCUUUUUCAUGCAUGAGUUGGCCAAAUGCUCUUUCACACCUGGGUUGCUUUUUUUACCUGAUAAGUUUAAUUCCCACAUUCACAGUCAAAUCCAGCGACAGGUGGAUUCACAUCAAGUGUACAGUACAGUGUACCAAAGAGUCGGACUUUGAUUUCUCCUUUUUUUGAGCUUGAAGCUGGAACAGAGUCGUACAGAGUGAGGGCACAGUCAGUUCUUUUACACUUUCUUUUUUUUUAUUCAUGUUCAAUCUUUAAAGCUGUGUAUUCAGGUGUAUAAGAAGGUGCUGGAUGUGAAAAUCAUAGAUUGUACUUAAAGUUAUUGUAAUAUUCCUUUCAGUCCUAUCAGAAACAUGUUGCUUGUUUUUCUAUAAAGGCUCGACUGUCCAUGUCUCAUCAUUUGAUUAUUUUUUUUCUUUAGGCAGUAAGAAUAAAUAAUUUUCAAAGUC